CUAACUUCAUUAUUUCAAUGCUCAAGUAACACAUACACGUAACCGCAGAUAUCAAUCUUCAUUUCAUUAACUACACACUGAUUAAUUACUGCAUCAAGAAUUUUGAGCGACCAUUUGAUCAUAGAUAUCAUUCAUCUGUGAAAAUAUGGGAAACUGUUGUAAGCCGGCAUCGUCAAUGGAGUGGGACGGUGAGGACUGGAGCUUUUUGAUGUCUGAGAACAAUUCCUCCAGCAAAGUGUUUGACCAAGCUCAUGCUCAUGCAUUGAAUUUAGGGAAAGUACAGAAGGAGAAGCUUAUGGGAACCCUCAGAGCUUCUUCUUCUGAUGCAAAUGGGAAAGUCACCAUAAAGAUUUCCAAGAAAGAGUUGGCACAGUUGUUGGAUAACCAACAGCAGCUUAAUACGAAGCAAGCAGGAACAGCUUCUGCAGAACAAGUUCUGCUUCGAUUAAUAAAAGCAAGAGAUAAUGAUGCUCGUCACAGAUUGUGGAGGCCCGUGCUAGAGACCAUUCCUGAGGUUAUUAGUUGAUUCAUCAUAAGAUCGACUCAAGGAUUGCAAAUAAUUGUAGGUAUUUUGCGUCAUUAAUUAAUUGUAUAGAACAGCUAAGGAAUAUAUCCAUCUUUUUUUCUUUUAACUUUUUCAUGUAAAGAUCAUAGAAUUUGUAAAUCAGUUCAUUAUUUCUGCCACUGAAUAAUUAAGUGCUGAUUUAGGA